CAGGUUCUCCUCCUCAUGCAAAAUCGAGUCAUCUUGUGGCUCUUUCCACACGCCGCUCUCAGCAACACCCGUGGGGGUACGGCGCGGCGAGGCCCCGGCACAACUCAUCUCCACCGCCCUCCUCCCCAGCCGCAGGCGCUCUUCCACCGAGAGCACGCCGAUUCCUCGCGAGUUGACCCCGGAGGAGGCGGGCAAUGGGCAGCGACGCGGCGGAGAAGUUCAGGUUCUGCAUUGACAGGGGCGGCACGUUCACCGACAUCUACGCCGAGGUACCCGGGAGAUCAGAGGGCUAUGUCAUGAAGCUUCUCUCCGUCGACCCGUCCAACUACGACGACGCGCCCAUCGAAGGGAUCAGGAGGAUCCUGGAGGAGUUCACCGGGGAGAGGAUCCCCCGGUCGUCCAAGAUCCCCACCGGCAGGAUCGAGUGGAUCAGGAUGGGCACCACUGUCGCCACUAACGCGCUUCUGGAGAGGAAGGGUGAAAGGAUUGCCCUCUGUGUCACGAGGGGGUUUAGGGAUCUGCUUCAGAUCGGCAACCAGGCUCGGCCCAACAUAUUCGACCUCAAGGUGUCGAAGCCGUCGAAUCUGUAUGAGGAGGUGAUUGAGGUUGACGAACGAGUUGAGCUUGUUCAGGAGGGGGAUGGGUCAUCUGUUGAGGGGAUCUCUGGAGAAUUGGUCAGGGUGGCGAAGCCUGUCGAUGUGGAAACGUUGAAGCCUUUGUUGAAAGGUUUGCUUGAUAAAGGGAUUAGAUGCUUGGCAGUGGUGUUGAUGCAUUCGUAUACUUAUCCUAACCAUGAGCUCCUGGUUGAGAAGUUAGCUCUGGAGAUGGGAUUCAAGCAUGUGUCCUUGUCUUCGUCGCUGACACCGAUGGUCCGUGCGGUACCUCGGGGCUUGACGGCUAGCGUGGACGCGUAUCUGACACCAGUCAUCAAGGAGUACUUAUCAGGAUUCAUGUCGAGAUUUGAAGGGGGUUCUGAACAGGUGAAUGUGCUAUUUAUGCAAUCAGAUGGAGGACUUGCACCGGAGAGGAGAUUCUCUGGGCAUAAAGCAGUAUUGUCAGGUCCUGCAGGUGGUGUGGUUGGCUACUCACAGACCUUGUUUGAACUUGAGACAAUGAAGCCGCUGAUUGGGUUUGACAUGGGAGGUACAUCCACGGAUGUGAGCCGCUAUGAUGGAAGCUAUGAACAAGUUUUGGAGACCCAGAUUGCUGGGGCAAUAAUUCAAGCUCCCCAGCUUGACAUAAACACAGUGGCUGCUGGUGGUGGAUCGAAGCUUAAGUUUCAGUUUGGUGCUUUCAAGGUUGGGCCAGAAUCUGUUGGAGCACACCCUGGUCCAGUUUGUUACAGAAAAGGUGGUGACCUGGCAAUUACUGAUGCCAAUUUGAUUCUAGGAACUGUUAUUCCUGAGUACUUCCCAUCAAUAUUUGGUCCUAAUGAAGAUAUGCCCCUUGAUUAUGAGGCUACAAGAAAGGCAUUUGAGGAUCUUGCUGCUGAGAUCAACUCUCACAGAAAGAGUCAGGAUUCAUCAGUGAAGGACAUGACAGUUGAAGAGAUUGCGCUUGGGUUUGUCAAUGUUGCAAAUGAGACAAUGUGCCGGCCUAUACGCCAGUUGACAGAAAUGAAGGGCCAUGAUACUAAGAACCAUGCCCUCGCUUGUUUUGGUGGUGCCGGUCCUCAACAUGCAUGUGCUAUGGCAAGGUCCUUGGGUAUGUCUGAGGUGCUUGUUCACCGAUAUUGUGGAAUACUGAGUGCGUACGGGAUGGGCCUUGCUGAUGUCAUUGAAGACUUGCAAGAGCCUUACUCUGCUGUUUAUAAUGCCGAUUCUGCUGCGGAGGCAUCUAGAAGAGAAUCCCUUUUAGUAAAACAAGUGAAAGAAAAGUUAAGAGAGCAAGGUUUUGUAGACGAGAGCAUCAGGACUAAUUCAUACUUGAACUUGAGGUACGACGGAACUGAUACCGCCAUCAUGGUAAAACAGCCAGAGCAAGGAUCUGGAAAUGACUAUGCUACUGAGUUUGAAAAACUGUUUCAGCAAGAGUAUGGCUUCAAAUUGCUAAACAGGAAGAUACUCAUAUGUGAUGUGAGAGUUCAGGGUAUUGGUGGUACAAACAUCCUGAAGCCUCAUGAAUUGACACAUAUUUCAACAAAACCUGUGCAAGAAAGUUCGUGUCAGAUUUAUUUUUCAUAUGGAUGGCAAGAAACUCCAUUGUACAAACUUGAGAAUCUAGGUUAUGGCCAUGUUUUGGAAGGCCCUGCAGUUAUUAUGAAUGGAAAUAGUACAGUGAUAAUAGAAAAGGACUGUAAAGCCAUCAUCACCAAGUAUGGUAACAUAAAAAUUGAGAUCAGUGCAGCUCCAAGCACAGUAAAAAUAUCUGAAGAAGUUGCAGACGUGGUCCAACUUUCUAUUUUCAAUCACCGGUUCAUGGGUAUUGCAGAACAGAUGGGUCGGACACUUCAGAGAACUUCAAUUUCCACUAACAUAAAGGAAAGGCUAGACUUUUCUUGUGCUCUCUUUGGUCCAGAUGGUGGCCUUGUUGCAAAUGCACCUCAUGUUCCUGUGCAUCUAGGAGCCAUGUCUAGUACGGUUCGCUGGCAGCUUAAUUAUUGGGGUGAUAACCUGCAUGAGGGUGAUGUUCUCGUAACAAAUCAUCCGUGUUCAGGAGGGAGUCAUCUGCCAGAUAUAACAGUUGUCACGCCAGUUUUCGAUAAUGGUAACCUUGUCUUUUUUGUUGCUAGUAGAGGCCACCAUGCAGAGAUUGGUGGUAUCACCCCAGGAAGUAUGCCUCCUUUCUCGAAAUGUAUUUGGGAGGAAGGUGCUGCCAUCAAAACAUUUAAACUUGUUGAAAGGGGUGUUUUCCAAGAGGAAGGAAUAGUCCAGCUGCUGCAGUCACCUUGCUCAGAUGAACUUUCUGGCUACAAGAUCCCAGGAACACGUCGGAUCCAGGAUAAUCUUUCUGAUCUCCGUGCUCAGGUCGCAGCAAACCAGCGAGGAAUAGCACUUAUCAAAGAACUAAUAAAUCAGUAUGGUUUGGCCACUGUGCAAUCUUAUAUGAGCCAUGUUCAAAAGAAUGCUGAGGUUGCUGUGAGGGAGAUGCUCAAGGCAGUUGCAUCUCGAGUUCAAAAGGAGAAUGGGUCCUGUGUUAUUGAGGAUGAAGAUUAUAUGGAUGAUGGCUCAGUGCUCCACUUGAAGCUCACCCUUGAUGCUAGUAAAGGUGAAGCUACAAUUGACUUUGAGGGUACCAGUCCUGAGGUCUAUGGCAACUGGAAUGCUCCUGAAGCAGUUACAACAGCUGCUGUCAUAUACUGCCUACGGUGCUUGGUGGAUGUGGAUAUACCGCUAAAUCAAGGCUGCCUUGCUCCUGUGAAGAUCCUCAUUCCUAAAGGCUCUUUCCUUUCACCAAGUGACAAGGCUGCUGUGGUUGGUGGCAACGUGCUAACCUCUCAGAGAGUGACAGAUGUUGUCCUAAUGGCGUUCCAAGCCUGUGCCUGUUCUCAGGGCUGCAUGAACAAUUUGACCUUUGGAGAUGACACCUUUGGUUACUAUGAGACCAUUGGAGGUGGCUGUGGAGCUGGGCCAACCUGGGAUGGCACAAGUGGCGUUCAAUGUCACAUGACGAACACAAGGAUGACUGAUCCUGAGAUCUUUGAACAGCGGUACCCUGUUCUCUUGCACAGAUUCAGCAUCAGGGAGAACAGUGGAGGUUCUGGAUUCAGAACUGCACAGGUUCCAGAGUAUAUUGUUCCAGUUGUUUAG